ACAAAUAAUGAGAACAAGCCAUAGCUACUUAAAUUACUGUCUAAUUAAACAUCCAAUAUGUUGAUAUAAUGAAAUUAAUACAAUCUGCACUUUUCCGACUAUCUUUUUCCAAGUUCCCACAUCAUAAAGGCUUCCUUCAAGUUAGAUUAAAUUCUCACCAUGUUACAAAUCAUGCUCUAAAUGACCACUUUACGUCUCCUGGACUAAUAGAACAUGGCGAAUCACUCAUGGAUGAUGCUUCAAUUGAUGAUUUAACACAAUGGUUAGUCAAGCAGAACUCCAAACGAAGAAGAAAGGCAAACAGAAUACAAAAUACAAUCAAUCGGUUGACCAAACAAUUCACUAAACAAGAGGCUGAAAUUGAGAAGCUUCGUACAAGAAUAACUAGGCAGAUCGAUUAUUCACGAGGUAUUUAUACGAAAUUAGGUUGGUUUAUUGCACCCUCUCGAUCAUUUAACCAUCGGACUUUAGACGCAUUGAAUGAGUUGUUUGAUCAACGCGGAUUUACCAAGGAUACCCCACAGCAAGAAGUUCAACAGGUUGUACAAGACUAUUAUGAAGUACAUACUGGAAAUGAGGUGGCAAAAUCUAAGAAUAAAUUUACAGUAGAUCACGAUUUGAAAGUCAGAAUAGGCAGAUAUAUCAUCAAGGAUUCUUCAAAAAGUCGACAAUUUAUAUUGUGGAAUCACUACUUGUAUACGAGGUUAUCUGAAUUAACAAGUGAUAUCACAGACUUGGCAAAAGUUCGUAUGGUGGCCGACGAAUGGGUAGCUAUGUUUCAACAAAGGACGAAAUAUUGGUAUACUUAUUAUCACAGCCACAAGAGAACCAUUAUUUCUGUAUCAAAAGAAAUUGACCUCGCUCUUAGAACAUCCAAAUUCAAAUUGCGACCAGUUCCAAAGGGUAUUUCUAGAAUCAGGUGCACCAAUUCUAAAGGCAUUAAUAGUCUCAAAGAUACAGUAACACUAGCACAUGCAUGGGAUUAUUAUCAUCGUUUGAAACGGCCACAAUUUGAACUGGAAAGUUCUUUUGGAUUCAAUUUUUCUCUAGAUAGCCAUGAAUUUAAGAAGUUUAUUGAUAAGUUAGUAAGAGAUCGCUGGCUCGAAUUAAGUUCCAAAGAAAAAGAAGCUUAUCGUCUGCACUAUGAAAGAAUAUUAUCAGGAAAAGUUGAAUAUGAAGAUUGUUUUAAACUGCAAGAUAAACUCACCAUUUUAGGAAAGGAUUGGUAUACCUUUGAUUAUUAUUCUGUGGUAAGUACAGGCAAACUUUGGCAACUUGAAAAUCAAUGGAAGUUCAUGAAUUCUGAAAAACGAGAGAAAAUAACCCAGGAAUUUAAGCGAUAUUUAUUAUCAGGUGGUAAGGAAUUUAGAAGAAAGAAGCUUUUACGCUUAGAGAAAUAUUUUGGACGCAGAAAUCAAUUACAAGGCAUUCAUGAAUAUUAGAAACGAUUGAAAAGUCGGCAACUUGAGCCAGAAUAGCAAAUAGAUAUAGAAUAAACAUGAAUGAAAAAGAUCGUGAUUCUAUUUAUAAUAAUUAACGAAGAGCCUUAUACAAAAGUGUAUGAAUGAUUAACACGUUGAAGGCAAACACUAUAGAAUGGAUAAAUUGCAUCAAUUGUACCAGAUAAAGCUGAAGUUGUCGAAGGUGGUAAUGUUGAACUCGCUAGCAAGAACUUAUUUCACUGUUUAUGCUCACUAUGACAAGAUAUAAUUGAUAUAGGAAAGAAGGGUUUCCUUAUAUCAAAUGAAAAAUGAAUGGAGUACAAUAACAUGGAAGCUAUAUUUAAGACAAACAAGUUCAAUAGAAGAAGCACAGCAAUAUUGUUGAGUGAGAAGGAUCGUUGGGAUGCACAAUUGAUGUCGCUAGCCAAGAUCGAGGAAUUGUAAAAAAAAAGCACCUAUUAUUUGAUUUCAGAUUACAUGUAAAUAGUAUAUAGAAUAAUACUUAAUCGUGAACAUUA